AUGGAUCAAAUUGACUCGGAUAUGGUGGAGCCCGAAUCUGAUUCGGAACAUGAAGUGUUGAGAAGGCUAGCGGAUCAUUCACAGAGGCGAUUACGCAGACACGAAUACAUGGAGAACGACGACGGCGAUUUGGAUGGUGGGCCUAAUCCAAGCGUUGUUGUGGAAGAUGUGACUGAAUUUCAUGACGACGAUGAGGAAUUUGAUUUCCAUGAUAUUAACGAGGAUGACGAAGAAGAGGGAGGGAAUGAUGAGGAUGAUGAGGAUGGUGAGGAUGGUGAUGAUGAUGAUGAUGAUGAUGAUGAUGAUGAUGAUGAUGAUGAUGAUGAUGAUGAGGAAUUUGAUACGUCAGAUCCUUCGGAGCUUUUAAGACGCCUCCUCUAUUCUUCAGCGCACAACCAACGGGGUCUGCGUGCUCAUAUAGAUGAAUUUGAUAGCGAUGAAGAAAGACAUGACGAUGAUGAUGAUGAUACCAAUGCAGCACCUGGUCUGAGAGGCUCAGGUUCUGGUUCCGGUAAUGCGCGGUUCGACCUCCUCAGAGCAAUAUCCCUAGGCAACGGGGCCAAUGAUAGUAAUAAUUCCAGACCACCACAAGCAGGAGGAUUUGCUGACGUGGUUCUGCGACUAAUGGGGGCAAUGGCAAGUGCACAUGAGACUGACUCUGAAAUAGAAAAUCUCAUCAACAACCUCUCGAAUAGAGAAGACAUAUACAUGAUCUUGGAAUCAUUGAAUGAAUUGUCUCAACGAUUACUAAUGAUGGAUGGUAUGACUGCAGAAAGAGUCAUCCCUGAUAAUAAGCUUGCCAAAUCCUUGGUUCUGAUAAUGGAAGACCCUUCGUUGACGCUGGAACUUGAACUACAGAUGGUAGCUUGCAGAUGUCUCUAUAACUUUUUGGAGGUAAACCAAGAUUUUAUCCACUCUGCCUUAAAGAAUGAUGCUGUACGUAUUCUCUGUGACAAGCUCUACGACGUUUCAUACAUUGACUUAACAGAACAGCUUCUACAAACACUAGAAAUGAUUUCCCGAGAAGACGUUUCCCAUAGUGAGCUUCUCUCUCAUUACGGAUUGUUGCAAUGUUUUCAAUUUUUAGAUUUCUUCACUAUGCAUGCCCAAAGGAAAGCAUUUUCCAUCUUAGCCAACGCGUCCAAGAAUAUAAGGAUAACCCAUUUUGACUUUGUGAAGGGUCUACUUCAACCGUUAUCUCAGGUAGUUAGAACCCACUUUGAUGCCGUUGUAUUGGAGAAUUCGUGGUUAACAAUAUCACGGGUGAUCAUAGGGUUCCGUCAACGUCCUGAUUUGUUGGAGGAAUUGUUUGACAAAGAGUUACUAUUAGAAAUGACUAAGACAAUCAUUAGAAGUUCCAAUCAAACAGGAAAGGAUUCAAGCAGUUCAAACAGUUCGAGUUCCACACCGCCUCUUAGUUUCAAUUCAUGCAUGUCACUCUUGAGAUCUCUAGUGAUCUUAAGUGCGGUUAGUGUCAACAUAUCGGUGAUACUUUUAGAGGAAUGUGACGUUGGAAGUUUGAUUCUUACCUCCUUGAAUAAUUACUCCAAGAGUAGUGGAUCCUCACAACAAGGAAAUUGUGAAGUCUCCAUAGACACUAUUAUGGUUGCACCUAAGGAUCUAAUUUCUGAAUUCUUAACCUUAAUUGGGUAUUUGUUGCCGGUUACGUACACCACAAGUCCAUUUUUAAAUGAAGGCAUAAAGCCGGACGAAAUCAAGGCAGAACUAGAUAAAAAAAGAAUCGAAGUUUAUUUAAAUGAGAUCCAGUCUGUCUAUUGUUCCUUUGCUAACAAAAUCUGGCCUUUUCUUAUCCAUGGGUUCCUGUCCAGUAUGGAUUUCGAAAUCAGAAAGAAAAUAUUGGUCAGUUUUGAUCGUAUAAUAUCAUUCCAGAGCAAUGAAUCUGUCAAACCUUUAGAGGCAAGUAAAUUGUUGAAACUUUCUAAUUUGUUGGCAUCGGCUGUCAAUCAAGGAAGCACUGUUAUUUCCAAACUUGCGCAAGAGUAUGAUGGACAAGCAUCAUCAUCAGAGUCGGCUCAAAAAAAUUUAAGUCAGAAUAAGGUCAAUUCAGCUGUCAUCGUGUUGGCAACGUUAAAUAUCAUAAAAAAGCUAUUUGAAAAUGAUAAAGAAGUUAUCAGGCAAUUUGAAAAGGAAGGGAUGUUCAAAGAUCUCAAUUUGAUUCAAGAUAACAUAGCUGAAUUGGUCAAUGAUGACAAGAACAACAACGAUAUAGCACCAUCGCCACCUCAACAACCUACGCAUAUGUUCCGUUUAUCGAGUGUGAGUUCCUAUUCCAAUAAGUACUAUGAUCCAGAAUUAACUAAGAAUGAUAAUCUCUUUCGGUUAAGGACUAUGGAUGUUUUCAGAUCUGUCUUGGAAAGUGCUACCGCAGUUUCACAAGUAUAUGAUCAAUAUUUAGCUGCUAUGGAAACUACACAAUCCACUUCUGGUGGUUCAGAUGCUUUGGUACAGCUUACAGAGAUCCUGGAAACAUUGGGAGAUGUCCGAAAGUAUCGCUCAUUUUUGAGAGACAACUGGUUUGGUUUAUGGCAAAGCCUAAAGACCGUUAUAUUGGAUGGCACAGUUUCAAAUUUCGAGUUGUUAUCACUGGGAGUAGUUAUUCGAUUAGCAAACGUAUUGGACAGUGUGGACCUGGAUUCAGAGUGCUGUAAAAGUUUUGUUCAAACAUUCUUCAAUGAUCCAGUAAGUUCUAAUGAGGCUGCUUCAACCCUUGUAUCAAGUUUGCAGGGAGCAUUGUCGAGAUCUGAACUGUUUGAUAUCGUUUCUUCUGGUGCCAAUCCGGGGAACUUACCUUCAAGCAAUUCUCACCCAACUGCGAUUAUGGCUAGGCAGAUCAAAUUACAUUUAACAAAGAAAGGAGAAGGCAGCAACAGCAAGAAUAAUACCGCUGUCAAUUCAGAUAGUCCAACAAGAAAUACAUUUGGUAUGUCUUCCCUAAUGCUCUCUGUGCAUGCUAUUGCAACAUUUAAAACCAUUAAUGGCUUCUUACUUCAAAGAAUGAGGUUUUUCAACUCUUUUAGCAACCCGGGUGAUGGCAACGGCAGCAGCUUACCACAGCAGCUGACAGAGGAAGUCGACGAUCAAGAGGACGAAAUCUUGGAUGACUCCAGCCAUACCUCUAAUAGAAGUAGUGUGCUUAAAGAUGAGAAGAAUGAAGUCAAUGAAAUAAAUGAAGAGGAAAAGCAACUGAAGAUCACAAGUAUUCAAUUUUACAUCAACGACGAGCUUGUUCCUAAAGGAACAACUAUUUAUGGGGCCGUCUAUAGUUCACUUCAAGAACACCCAAACGAGACAGUUGACCCUAGUCGCAUAUGGUCUGUUGUUCAUAAGAUUGAAUAUCAGGAAGUACCUCAGUCUGAUCAGGAUGCUGAUAUUGAAGAGGGUGAUUUAAAGUUGGCGAUGUACAACCGAACCAGUUCUGAGUCUGAUUUGAAUGAUCCUAUGACCCAUUCCAUUCUAAUAUUAUUGAAGGUUCUCUUUGAUAUAAAUGAAAAAGUGACUUUUAAACAUUGUCCAGGUGUUCCCCUUCCUGUUAAUGAUUUCAAGAGUUGGAAAUUAACUGUUAAAUUGAAUAGACAAUUGGAAGAACCAUUAGUGGUUGCCAGUGGUAUCUUGCCCGGAUGGUGUCUUUUCCUUACCAAAAACUUUCCAUUUGUGUUCCCGCUAACGUCAAGGUUAUUCUUCUUGCAAUCCACAUCGUUUGGUUACUCCCGUUUGAUUAAUCAAUGGCAGAUGACAUUAAGUGGGACCUCCGAGCCAGAAUACCAAGGCAAUAUGUCCAGAAGUAUUUUUGGAAGCCAGACUCGGUCAGUUAGUCAAUUGGGUCGUCCCUCUAGAUACAAAGUGAGAAUCACACGGAAACUGCUCUUGCCUUCGGCUUUUAAGGUCUUGGACUUGUAUGGAUCGACACCUAGAAUACUUGAAAUUGAAUACUUUGAUGAAGUGGGAUCAGGUCUAGGCCCUACUUUGGAGUUCUACGCUCUUGUAUCUAAGGAAUUUUCCAAGAAGGAAUUGAAAAUGUGGAGAGAGUCCACAGAACAUAGUCAUAGCAGUACCUUGUGCGAUGAUGACGAUGAUAAUAAGAAAGCCUUUGUUAAUGCACCAAUGGGCCUCUUCCCUUCUCCCUGGUCAGAAGAGCAAUUGCAGGCAGAAAACGGGAAAAAGGUGUUGAAGAUCAUGAAAUCGUUGGGUAAGUUCAUCGCAAGAGCAUUGUUAGAUUCACGGAUAAUUGAUUUCAAUUUCAACGUUGUGUUUCUUCAGUUGCUUCAAAUGUUAAGUAUGAACGAUCUCCAUCCCUCGGAAAAUAUACUUCGGAAGUUCCGAAACAUAUCUUCAUUACGAAUGGUUGAUCCUGGUCUUGCGGACUCGCUAGCAUUCUUGUCGCGGUAUUUGGAAGCGUACAAGGAUCUUAGUACUCCAGAUGAAUGUGAAGCGGUGGAAAUUGAUGGUGCUAAAUUGAGUGAUUUGUCUUUAUACUUUGUGCUUCCGGGGUAUCGGAAAUAUGAGCUCAUCACGAAUGGUGAAGAUAUUCCUGUAACAAGCGAGAAUUUAGAGAUGUUCUUGAAUAAGGUACUCGAUGCUACGUUGUACAAAGGUGUGAUUACUCAGGCGAAAGCGUUUAUGGAAGGGUUCAGUGAGGUUUUCCCCAUCAGUACCUUGGUGAUCUUUUCACCUCAAGAGUUGGUUGGGUUAUUUGGUAAUGCGCAGGAAGAUUGGACCCGGGAAACUCUUUCUGCAGCUAUACUGGCCAAUCAUGGCUACAACAAGGACUCUCAACUGAUUGAGCAGCUUAUUAAUGUGUUGAUCGACUUUUCUCCUGAUGAAAAGCGUAAGUUUCUUCAGUUUCUCACGGGGUCCCCCAAGCUUCCAAUUGGUGGGUUUGCCCUGUUACGUCCAGAGCUUACUGUUGUACGGAAGAAAGCUGAUGACGCUGAUCUUGAAGAUGAUGAUUACUUACCCAGUGUAAUGACAUGUGCCAAUUAUCUUAAGUUACCUAAAUACUCUUCACAAGAGGUAAUGAGGAAAAGACUACUCCAGGCUAUCAAUGAGGGUGCUGGUGCAUUUCUACUUUCAUGA